AUGUACGACGAUUCCGUGGACAAUGCCAGCAGCUUCGCAGCAACUUCCUUCAGCACCACCACCACCUCCACCACCAUGAGACGAGGUGCAGCUGGCGGCUCAGCUUCCAAGACAGGCACGAGCUCAAACACCGGCACCACUCUAAACACCACCAGCACCACUACCACUACCACUACCACUUCCACCUCCACGAUUACCACCAGUGCCAUAGAUAGUACUGCCAGUCGCUCUGGCCCGGUAUACGAUUCCGAUGCUGGCGUUUCGGCCUCCACACGCGCAGACUUAGAACCUGACGACAUCCCACGAGGAGCAUUAGCAGCCAUUGGAGCCGAACCAGGAAGUGGUUCAGGCACGGGGGUGCCAGCAGGGUCAGGCGAAGGUUCCGGAUUAGGAACGCCCGGGAGACGAACCCCUGUGAAAGCAGCAGCGGGGGAAGGCCUAGCGGGGAGCUACGGUGACGAUUCCGCGCAGAUCGCCGCAGCGACUGCAGCAGUCGUGGCAGCUGCAGCUGAGUCCGGGUUGGGUGGAGCGAUAGGAAGAAAGCCUCCCCGCGUGCCGUCGACGCUAGGCGUGGAUGAGGAAUUCGAAGGGCCGGACACGUCGUCCCUCGCCGCGUUUCUCCUGUCGCUGAUUAGUAUCAAUCCGCGCGGGAACAAGGCGAGCUCUGACACGUGUUCGGAAUCUGGAGGGUCCUACGUGGACUCGGAUUUCGACGAGGAGGAGUAUGAAGAGGUUGGGGAGGAGGAUAGUGGGGUGGUGGACGGUGAGGGGAAGGGAGGUGUGGUGCCGAGCGGUUUGGGAGCAGGGCAGGAUGGGAGGGUGAGAAGAAGGGGACGAGGUGGGAUGGGAGGUGAAUUUGGUGGGGAGGAGGGAGGGGAGGGACAGGAGGAAGGGCUAAAGAAGUGGGAUGCUGGGGGGGAGAGUGGGAGAGUGAGAGGGGGUGGUGGGGGUGGGGGUGGGGGUGGGAGUGGGGGAGGGAGUGGUGGAGGAGGGAGUGGAGGAGGGGCAAGGCGGGGGUGGUUACCCCCGUUUAUAUCACGCUUUGCAGCUGGACCAAAGGGGGCUCGAUCUCGCGACUCCUCUCCUUCAGUCACCCCGUCCUCUUCGUCCUCGUCCCUCUCGGCCGAUGCUGGAUGUGGUGACGCUGCCAGAUAUGAUGGACGAGUCGUUCCUGCUGUCCGACACGUGUCGCUCCGUGAUUUGUCAGAGCCUGCCCGCGAUUGCCAGUGGACGCGAGUGGGUUCUCCUGUACAGUGCCUCAACUUGAUUGCUCUAUCAAAGCUCCUUUCUGCCUUAAUUGUGCGAAACCGUCCCCUCCCGCCCAUCCCCGCCUUACCCAUUCCCGCCUGCCCUAUCCUGCACCCAGUUCUUCUCUCACUAUUAACCUCCCCCCUUCCCUUCCCCCGCCCCCUCCUCCGUCCAUACCACACCACCCGACCCCGCUUUACCUCUCCCCAGCACAUUCAAGCAUGGUAUCUCUCUAUCGACCCUCUACCGCCGCAGCUCCAUGAUGCCAGGCCCCUGCCUGCUGGUGAGAACAUGUCCUGCUGCUCCAUGAUGCCAGGCCCCUGCCUGCUGGUCGUGACAGAGGAUAACGGCACCGUCUUUGGCGGCUUCUCAUCUCAAGCGCUUGUGGCUUCCAAUCGCAGAAAAUACCAGGGAUCCAGUGAUGUCUUUGUGUUCACCACCAUUACAGGGGAGCCCACGGUCUACAAGGUUACAGGGGCAAACCGUUACUUCAUCCUGUGUCUGAAUGAAGCCCUCUCCUUUGGAGGCGGAGGUCACUUCGCCCUUUGCCUGCAGGAGGACCUUCUGACAGGCUCCAGCGGUGCGUGUGAGACAUUCUGCAGUCCGUGCCUCUCCAAGUCCGAGGACUUCAAGAUAAAGCAUGUGGAGCGGCGCCUCGAAGGUGAGGUGAGCAUCGAAAGUGAGGCAGACAUGUGA